AUUCGUUUAUAGUCAUAGUCAACAAAAGUGUGAAACAUGAGAGCAUACAAAAGAAAUUAAACGCGAUGCCCUUCUCCCUAACAAUUAAACCAAGCUAGAAGAAAGGUCAUAUACAUUCCAAAAAAGGCACAACAACAGGCAUUUUUUUUUUUUUUUUUUUUUUUUGGUAAAAGAAACUGUACACUUCAAAAUAGAAAAAAACUGACUGGAGUUGACAUUAAGCCCCAAACAACUAGACACUAUCUAGUGGAUAAAAAAUCAUGUUCUAUAAUACUCUUCCCAACCUUGUCUUCUUACCUGCUCUAUGCAAUAUCUCUUGAAUCACCAUUAUGACUAUAGUUUCAAGUCUUCUUUUACACUUUGGAACACUAUGAUUCCUUUCUUGCCAAACAUAGUACACACAACCUGCAAGCACCAUUCUAUAAACUUCAGCUUUUGCAUUCAAAUCUUUUCAUACAUGUACCAGCCCAAACCACUUCAUAUUGCCAAGCCAUAGGUUGUCUAAGGAAACCUUGCCAUUGUAAUAGUUUGUUCCAAACUCUAAAAGAGAAGUCCCACUUGAAAAACAAAUGUUCCAUAGUUUCAUUCUCAUUAAAGCAGAUAGUAGCAAUGAUUGCAGAACAAAGACUGCAUUUUCUUAUCUUUCUCUUCAUUUCUUCAUCUCGGUUCGCCAUAUCCCAACAGUGGUGGGUUUUCAACGGCGCUGUUGGGAAUUCCACUGCCGGACUUGCCACUAUCUGGAUCAACAGGCCAUUUGGUACGACUGUUAAUCCCACCAACGACACCUCUACCUUGACACCCGUCCUUGUAAGUGGAGUUUCUGGCCCUCAGUACCUCUGUGGCUUCUUGUGCAAUUACAAAGCCACGGAAUGCCUUCUCGGUAUCCUCAUGGUAUACCGCAACAGAUCAAUUGGUUAUAUAGAUGAGCAUCAGUUAUUUUGGUCUGCUAACCGAAACCAUCCUGUCAAAGCCAACGCGACCUUGCAACUAGGCCAAGAUGGCAACUUGGUCUUGGCAAACUCUGAUGGCACUGUUGUAUGGUCCACUAAUACUAUUGGCAAAUCUGUUUCCGGCUUAAUCUUGACAGAAAAGGGGAAUCUUGUGCUCUUUGAUAAGGCCAAUCGCACGAUUUGGCAAUCUUUUGAUCAUCCCACGGAUUAUUUGCUUCCAGGGCAGAGUUUGGUUUCCGGGCAGAAGCUCACAGCAAGCGUUUCAGCAUCGAAUCGGAGUCAAGGUUUGCUUUCUCUUACUAUUCUCAAUGGAAGCUGGGUCACUUACGUAGAUUCUGACCCACCUCAGUUUUACUAUGCUUCAUCUAUGUCGUACAGUCCCUAUCUAAGUUUUGACGGUCAAAGCAUUACUGCUUUCAAAUACUCUGAUACAUCAGCAGCUCAUUUCAUGAAGCUUGGGCCUGAUGGACAUUUACGGGUAUACCGAUGGGACAACCUUGAAUGGAAAGAGGUAUCUGACAUUUUGACCCAAGACAUCGGGAACUCAUGUGGUUAUCCAACGGUGUGUGGAAGAUACAGCAUUUGUAGAAAUAAUGGUCAAUGUAGUUGUCCAAACUUCUUCAUGCCAUUUGACCAUCAUGGAUGUACAGAGCUGACGCCCAUUUCUUGCGACUCUUUGCAGUAUCAUAGUCUUGUAGAGCUCAAAAGCACCACAUAUUUUGUGACCCUUCUCAGAUACAACAGACAUAUAAGUUCGAACUUAUGGUCUGAGGCGGAAAAAUUGGAAGAUUGCAAAAGGGCCUGUCUGAGUAACUGUUCUUGCAAAGCUGUUGUUUGGGAUGAGACUCGAAUAAAAAACUGUUUAUCACUUAGUGAAGUCUUCUCUAUCAUGGACAAUGUGGGGGAGGAAAGGGACAAGACCUCAGUUUUUCUUAAGGUACAAAAUCAAUCACCAAUCAAGAAUUCAAGACCUUUCAACAAAGUGAUAAUAGGAUCUACUCUUGCAGCUUUUUUCGGAAUAAUUUUAUGUAUCACUGCUUGCUUUGCUCUUUUCAAAAAGAGGAAACAGUCCAGCAAGGCCGGGGAUAUUCUGGAUCUAGCAACAAUCUUACCGGGAAUACUAACUGGGUACUCUUACAAUUACUUGAAAACAAUUACAGAAGAUUUCAGCAGAAAACUCGGGGAAGGAGGAUUUGGCUCUGUUUAUGAAGGAACACUGAGUGACGGCACCAAAAUGGCUGUGAAGCGUCUGGACGGUCUAGGUCAAGUAACGGAUUCAUUCUUAACAGAAGUAAAAACAGUUGGUAGCAUUCACCAUGUCAAUUUGGUAAAACUCAUUGGAUUUUGUGCUGAAAAGUAUCACAGGAUUCUGAUCUAUGAAUACAUGGUAAAUGGAUCACUGGACAGGUGGAUCUCUCAUGAAAGGCAAGAGAAUGGGCUUACUUGGCAUACAAGGCAAAGGAUAAUAUCAGAUAUCGCCAAAGGGUUAGCUUAUCUUCAUGACGAUUGCAGCCAGAAGAUAAUUCAUUUGGAUAUCAAACCACAAAACAUCCUUCUAGAUCAAAACUUCAAUGCUAAGAUAUCUGAUUUUGGGUUGUCGAAACUAAUUGAGAAAGACAAAAGCAAAGUUGUAACUAGAAUGAGAGGAACACCAGGGUAUUUAGCUCCUGAAUGGUUGAGCUCGGUGAUCACUGAGAAGGUUUAUGUUUAUGCAUUUGGAAUUGUGCUCUUGGAAAUUCUCUGUGGGAGAAAGAAUUUGGAUUGGACCCAGGCAGAUGAAGAAGAUGUCCAUUUGGUUAGUGUUUUAAGGAGAAAAGCAGAACAACAACAGCUCAUGGAUAUGGUUGACAAAAACAAUGAGGAUAUGCAGCUCCACAAAGAAGCAGUGACAGAAAUGAUGAGCAUCGCAGUAUGGUGUCUACAAGGCAAUUUCGCCAAGAGGCCUUCCAUGUCAUUGGUUGUUAAAGUACUGGAAGGUUUGGUGACUGUUGAAACCAACUUGGACUAUAAUUUCACAAAUCUACCUGAGGUUGGGUCCAGCAACCAAAUGAGGGAAGCCACUAUCAGUUCAGUAUUGCCUUCAGUUUUAUCUGGACCAAGGUGAACAACAAUCUUAAGAUUUAAACAGUCUUUUCUCUUUCCUCUGCCACUCCCAGGUCAACGACUUUAAUGGGAACAAGACGUUGAUCUGAGUAGCCAUUAACCAAAACUUGGCAUCUUCAGCAGCUUCGUCUUCCAGCCUUCAGCUUGCAUCAAUUUCUUCUUCUAGACUCUACAUACAUCAACGGAAUCAUCAACUUCGAGUUUUCCCGAGAUUCCCAGGAUCUUAUCAUCCAGUUCAUGCAGGACACGGGAGCUCCAGUUUAGUACCUAAUGCAGUGAUCAUAGCAGCUCAAAGGCCUCUCGAAGUAACUCGAGCUCAGCUACACUGGACAAUAAAGUAUCUCCUGAUAGUGCAUCCAUACUUGUUUUGGGAUAGCUUACAUUAUUAAAGCAUGUGUUGAGUAGUGCAUGUGCAAUGGAAUCUCAACAGUUAGUUAUGCUUAGUAGUAGUAGAUCGUUUCUUAUUAUAUAAUUUGCAAUAUGAUUUGGAGAUGUAAUAGGUAGUAGUAGAUCGGUUACUUGAUUAUAUGAUUUGGAGAUGUAAUAUUCGAUUAUCGAUGAAUGAAAGCUUCU